UCGAGAAAAGAAAAAUAAAUAAAUAGAAAAUUCCUUUGCUGCCUCGGGCGAAUCCAGAAUGGAGUUAUCAACUGUCACCACCUGCACAGGAUUUCACCAUAACCUCACCCGCUCAAAAGCCUUAUCUUUUCCAUUAAUUCCCAGCGUAUCCACCACCAGCAGCUGCCAACGCACUUCUGCUGCUGCGGCAACAUCACUUGUCAAUGAACCUACAACAUCACUUGUCAAUGAACCUUGUAAUGAUGACUCACAACCGGCAACAACUACAAGAAGAAGACCAAAAGGUGGCGCUGUUGAUGCUCAAAGGCGUCAGUCUAAGUCAUACAUGUCUAGAAAAGCUGCUAUUCUUGAAGUUCAACAAUCCCCUCAUUUGGAUUCUGCUCUUCAAAGAUUAGGAGGGAUGUUGAAGGUGCAAGACUUGAAUAUCAUUUUGCGGAGUUUUGGGGAGCAAUGCAGAUGGCAGGAUCUUUCUCAGCUCUUUGAUUGGAUGCAACGGCACAACAAAAUCAGUGCUUCAUCUUAUAGCAGUUAUAUAAAGUUCAUGGGGACAAGUCUUAACCCGGCAAAGGCACUAGAAAUAUACAACAGCAUUCCUGAUGAAUCAACAAAAACUAAUGUCUUCAUAUGUAAUUCACUUCUUAGAUGCCUGGUCAGGAAUACCAAGUUCGAUAGCAGCAUGAAAUUCUUUCAUAAGAUGAAGAACAAUGGUCUAACACCAGAUGCUAUUACAUACAGUACGCUGCUUGCUGGGUGCAUGAAAAUCAAAGAUGGGUAUUCUAAGGCAUUGGAUCUGGUUCAGGAACUGAAUUAUAAUGGACUGCAGAUGGACAGCAUAAUGUAUGGGACACUUUUGGCAGUUUGUGCUUCAAAUAAUCGGUGUGAAGAAGCACAAAGCUACUUUAACCAGAUGAAGGAUGAGGGUCAUUCGCCUAAUAUAUUUCAUUAUAGCUCGUUACUCAAUGCAUACUCUUCUGAUGGAAACUACAAGAAGGCUGAAGAGUUGGUGCAGGACAUGAAAUCUUCAGGGUUAGUACCAAAUAAGGUAAUAUUGACAACUCUGUUAAAGGUAUAUGUAAGAGGAGGCUUGUUUGAAAAAUCCAGAGACCUUCUGGUAGAACUGGAUACCUUGGGCUUUGCAAAAGAUGAGAUGCCCUAUUGUUUAUUGAUGGAUGGCCUUGCUAAGAAUGGGCUCUUAGAUGAAGCAAGAUCAGUUUUCAAUGAAAUGAAGGAAAAACGUGUUAAAUCUGGUGGCUAUUCGUACAGUAUCAUGAUUUCAUCAUUUUGCCGAGGUGGCCUUUUUGAAGAGGCAAAGGAGUUGGCGGAGGAGUUUGAAGCCAAGUAUGAUAAAUAUGACGUAGUUAUAUUAAAUACAAUUCUUUGUGCCUACUGUAGAACUGGUGAAAAAGAGAAUGUGAUGCGAACAAUGAGGAAAAUGGAUGAAUUGGCGAUCAGUCCUGACUAUAAUACUUUCCAUAUUCUUAUCAAGUAUUUUUUUAAGGAGAAGUUAUAUAUGCUUGCUUACCAGACCAUGGAAGACAUGCAUAGGAAAGGCCAUCAACCUAUGGAGGAGCUUUGUUCCUCAUUGAUUCUUCAUCUUGGUAAAAUUAAAGCCCAUGCAGAAGUCUUUUCUGUUUACAGUAUGUUGAAGUCUAGCAAAAGGACAAUGUCUAAAGCCUUUCAUGAGGAUAUUUUACACAUUCUUAUUGCUGGAAGGCUUCUCAAAGAUGCUUAUGUAGUAGUUAAGGAUAAUGCAGAAUUGAUCUCUCCAGCUGCAAUUAAGAAGUUUGCAAGCUCAUUUGUGAAGCUUGGUGACAUCAAUUUGAUAAAUGAUGUUAUGAAGGUUAUUCAUGGUUCUGGAUACAAGAUUGAUCAGGAACUAUUUCAGAUGGCUGUGUCACGUUACAUUGCUGAACCUGAAAAGGACUUGCUUAUACAAUUGCUACAAUGGAUGCCAGGCCAAGGUUAUGUUGUUGAUUCCUCAACAAGAAACCUGAUCCUUAAGAACUCACACUUAUUUGGUCGCCAGCUCAUUGCUGAGAUCCUGUCCAAGCAGCACAUGACGUCAAAAGCCUUGAAAUCUCAGUAGACGAAGGAAAACUAGUCUAGAACGAAAGGAGGUUUAGGGUAACCCAACUAUCCUUUUCUAGCAUUUUUAACCAAGUGGGUUACACUUUCCCUCUCCAUCUUUUGUGUAGAACUGUUCUUACUCCAUGGAUAUCUUAUAGAUCUGACUAUACAUGCAUGUGACCAGAUUUAUAAAUUUUCCUGUUUUGAUGUAGCGAGUAAUCAUCACCAUCAAAAGGAAAAAAAAAAGCUAAUUAGUGAUCCUGAUUCUAUUUGACAACA